CCCGCGCAGCGGCAGCGGGAGCAGCAGCAGCCCGCGCCCCGCCGGCAGCGGCUCUGCGGGCAGCGGCGGGGGCAGGUGCGGGCCCUUCCGCGUCGCGCUGUGAGGAGGAGAUAAGGAGGCGGCGAGGCGGGUAGCUGGCCGGCGUGCCCGUGGGCGUGCUCCCCGGCGGGGAGGGCCGCUCGCAGCCCACACCCCCCCGCCGCCGCUAACUUUGCCUCUUGGUGAAGAGCCGCCGCUCCGGCAACCAGAGGGUCGGCAGAGCCUCGCCGGUCUUCAGCCGCCCCCCGCCAUGAAGGGCCGCCGGCGGUGGCGGUGGCGGGGGGAGUACCGCCGCUUCGCCGCCGUGCUUGUGCUGUACACUCUACUGCUGCUGCUGCUGGUGCCCUACGCGCUGGACUACGGGGCCAGGCGGGGUCGAGCGGACGAAGAGCCGCUGCUGCGGCGCUGCCCCAGCCUGGAGGAGGCGCUGAGCGAGUGGGGCUGGGAGCAGCAGCAGCCGCCGCUGGACGAGGAGGAAGAGGAGGAGGAGACGGCGGAGGGCGGCGGCGGGACGGACGGAGCGGCGGGUAACGGUAGCGCGUCGGCGGCGCCGGGAAAGCGGCACAUCUACCUGCACGCUACUUGGCGCACGGGCUCCUCCUUCCUGGGGGAGCUCUUCAACCAGCACCCCGACGUCUUCUACCUGUACGAGCCCAUGUGGCACCUGUGGCAGGCCCUCUACCCGGGGGACGCGCUGAGCCUGCAAGGCGCCCUCCGCGACAUGCUGCGCGCCCUCUUCCGAUGCGACUUCUCCGUCCUGCGCCUGUAUGCCGCGCCGCCCGCCCCCCGCGACCCGCUGGCCCCCGCCCCGCCCGCCGCCGCCAACCUGACCACGGCCGGCAUCUUCGGCUGGCGCACCAACAAGGUGAUCUGCUCGCCGCCGCUCUGCCCCGCCGCGCCGCGACCCCGCCAGGAGAUCGGCCUCGUCGACGGCGCCGCCUGCGAGGAGACGUGCCCGCCGCGGGCGCUGCAGGAGCUGGAGGCCGAGUGCCGCAAGUACCCGGUGGUGGUCAUCAAGGACGUGCGGCUGCUGGAGCUGGGCGCCCUGCUGCCGCUGCUGCGGGAGCCCGGCCUCAACUUGCGCGUCGUGCAGCUCUUCCGCGACCCCCGCGCCGUCCACAACUCGCGCCUAAAGGCGCGGCAGGCGCUGCUGCGGGAGAGCAUCCAGGUGCUACGCAGCCGCCACCGCGCCGAUCCGCGGGGGCUGCCCCGCCGCAGCCCCCAGCAGCAGCAGCAGCUCCUGCUGCCGCCCGGGCUGCUGGGCGGCGGGCGGGCGCCGCAGCCGCAGCACCGCGCCGAGUUCUUUCUCGGCGGCGCCCUGGAGGUGAUCUGCCAAGCGUGGCUCCGCGACCUCCUCCUGGCCCACCGCGCCCCGGCCUGGCUCCGCCGCCGCUACACGCAGCUGCGCUACGAGGACCUGGUGCAGGAGCCCCGCGCCCAGCUGCGCCGCCUGCUGCGCUUCGCGGGGUUGUCGGUGCCGCCCGCCCUCGAGGCCUUCGUGGUCAACAUGACCCGCGGCGCCGCCUACUCCUCCGACCGGCCCUUCCUGAUCUCCGCCCGCGACGCGCGGGAGGCCGUGCACGCGUGGCGGGAGCGCCUCAGCCGGCAGCAGGUGCGGCAGGUGGAGGCCGCCUGCGGCGAGGCCAUGAGCCUCCUCGCCUACCCCCUCAGCGGCGGCGACACGCGGUAGCGCCCGCGGCCGCCGCCUGAGGGACGGCACGGGGCCGGAUGGACCGGGGCAGGCGGCCGGGCGGGGAGCUGCGCCUGGGAUGGGCCCGAGGCAGAGCGGAGGGCCGGGAGUCACAGCGGGCACGGCGGCGGACAGCAGCCCUGGCAGAGGCAAACUCGCCUUGCCUCAGGUACGGGCGGGGCUGCACGGAGUCCAGACCACCCUUCUCACCACUGGCUUCGGUGAGGCCGCUUUUCCGCCCACGCCAAAGCGCGUGAAGAGGGUACCCGGGAGAUGGUAUUUAAGGGAAGGGUUGGGUAAGGGGUGUUCUCUGGUUCUCCCUUGUAACAUGACACAUGGGUAUUCCUCACAGAAAAAAAACCACAUCGAAACUGAAACAUCCCCCGAAUGAAGACUCUCAGCAAAGAACUGGAGGGCUUGCAAGGUGCCGCUGCGAGAGCGUCACCGAUCCUGAGUGCUGAAGCACACUCAGCUCUGUCAUGUCGCUACUGAACAUGUACAAGGGGCUUCUGUGAAGUCCACGGUUCACUGCCGGCCAGGCCAGGGGAUUGCGGGUUGAUGAGGAGGUCACUGGCUAAGGGGAGGGGAAACGUGUCUAACUUCAUCAUUCUGAGCAGUGGGCUAAGCCGUCAUGUGGAGGGGGUAAGCAAUCACCUGCUGACAUGUUUCAGAGAUGUUUGUGGCAGAAAUCUCUGCCUUUCUAAAGAAAUAUCAUUCUUUAAGUAGGAUUUUUUUUUAACAUAUUGCUGGGUGGUGAUACUUUACUUUAAAUACAGGUGACUAACGUGUUUCCUGGGGGCAUGCAUAGGGAUGACUGUAACUGGAAGGCGAACGCUCGGUAUUUCCAUUUUGUUUUCUCAGCCAGAUGAGAGAAUCCCUUUUCUUCCAUAGCUCCGGGCUGACACAUUGUGCUGUGCACAGGGUCCUCCCGGUCAUAUCCCUUCUGAACAAUAACAUCCUCUCAGCUGGCCACUCCUGCACAAAAGCAAAUGUUUCAUGAGAGGCUGAGACAAAUCAAUCGUGAAAUUCCCAAAUAAAAACUUGUGUUUAAAAAAAAAAACCCAAAAAACCACCUUCAGUUUCAUUUUGGAUUUUUAAGUGAUAUUUUCCUGUAGGCAUCCUGCAGCUUGUAUGAGAAGAGUGUGUGCAUCUGUGAUGAGUACUUUCAUUUCUUUCUUAAUUUGGGGAUGGAAGUUCCAUUGUGACUUAGGAGUGCGGGAUUGUAGCUUCUUAAGAGGCUGCUUUUAAGUCCGUUACAGUCUGGCAGCAUUUGAGAGGCCCCACAGGACUACACAAGGUGAUGGGGAUGUUGACACAGUCUCAAAUACAAAUUGAGAACACGAACUUCAGGUUGAGGAUAACCCAAGGUCAGGAAGAAAGCAGUAUUUAAUUAUAUAGAGAGUGUUGGAAAUAAAAGCAGUUCAAAGACAUUCGUGUUGUCUUGGAGGAAACAUUUGCAUUGCACUGUAGGUUUUUGCGCUCAGAAUAUUGUGCUGGAAAACAUGUCAGUGAUGUGGGAUGAACUUCCAUUCAUGGUAGCUCUUUUUCUUCCUUGACUCUCCCACCUGAGAGUACUCUGGCACAAGAAGUGUGUUUCUUUCAUUACCUGACAGGAAAGUGGAGUCGUGAAAGUGUUUUUCAGUAAAUCUGUCCAUUUCACAGCGUGCGUCAAUUCUGCAGCCAUUGGUUUCUGCUUAAAGUCAAAAUUACAGGGGCUUGUUUUGUGCUGGAACAGCCUUUCAUAUUAUCUAAGGGAUGUUUCUGCAUUCCCUCACAGGCACUGUUGAGAGCAAAAUUUCUCUCUGGGUGUUCUCAUGGUGUUUAAUGAUGGUAUUUGUGUAGCUGGACACAAUGCCUGAAUUAAUGCCUUGAUAACCUGUGUCGGGUAAUGUAGUUUGGAAAGUUUUUCUGGGCAUACACCCAGCCUCUCUUGUACUGACAGGUUUAGGAAGAAAAUAAGAUUUUCUUGCAUGCCAAAAGACUACACGGUACUUAUUUUCUUGUGCCAGAUGCAGUAAAUCGUGUUGAUUUGAUUUAGCAAGUUGCAGUCAUGGACUUACUGGGUGGAACUGUUAAGCACUCUGCACCUCGACAGGGAAUCUCACCUUGCUGUUUCAGGUGGUAAAUGCCUUCCAUAAGAAGUUUUAAGAUACCCAUGCUUCGUUUUGCUUACUUGUACUUACACUGAUUCAUUACGAGGAAGAAAGAAGUGAUGCCAUCUACCUUAACUCGGUGCUUCUAGCUAGGAAAAAAUCCACAAAUUGCAAAUCAUUUAGUCAUUUCUGAAGCAGUUUCCAUGUUUGAGAGAGAUGCAUUUUGUGUGUCAAGAUUUAUUUCUGUCAAUGGAUGUCGUUCACUGACACAAUUUCAGUUUAUUAGUCAUCAGUUCGUCUUUUUCUCCUCACCCCAAGCUGUUCUUGCAGGGGUUUUUAUUGUAUACUGAGAAAAGGGCUCUGCUGGGCAAAGUGUACACAAUAACAGCAAGUGCAGUUCAUGGUUUGCAUUCAAAGCACUGGAGUUCUCAGAAGAUUAUUCAAAACAAUUCACAGGUAACAGCCAAAACUGAAAGAGGAAUGAGUGGCCCAGAGUGGGAUCUAAGAGGGUGCUCAGGAGCAUUUUGGGACUGGCUGGCAGUUGCUUUAUGACCGAAGUUGUGACAUGUGCCUCAAGUCACUAGAAGGCUUUCUAAAAUUCCCCCACCUAAGAGGACAACUAAGGCUCAGCAACAAAUGCAUCCCAUUUUUACUCUGCACAGUGUUUUGAUGGUGUUGGGAGGGCUUCAUGCAGGGUGCUUACAGCAUAUACUUGUUGGCCUUGAAACUCAUACCUUGAAGGAAAAAAAGUAAGUACUGUCAAAUACCAGUGUUGGCACUUACCUGAAAAGAAAGAGAAAGGUCUGAUGAGGGUGACCAGUGUGUGCCUUCACUGGCUGAGGUCUUUGGAAGUAAGCAGAACUUGAUGAAAACAGGACACCUCUAAUUAAACUGCAUUUUGAGAGUAGCUGGACAUUUAUGGCUCGGUCACCAGCUUUUUCUACUGUUACUGGGCUCAACUCAGAUUUUGAAGUCAAGUCCCAUCUCUGCUAAAUGAUGUAGAAAAGGGAACCGUAACUUUUAGAGCAGGGGAUGGCAUGAUAAGCAAGGGAACAAUAAACACAUUUUGUACCCAAGAUGAGCUUGGCAGGCUGGGAACCGGGGAGCAGGACUGAGCCACGGAGUUUUAGUUGUUCAGUCAGAGAUUUGGGAAGAAACAUAUACUCUUGCUACGUUGCAUAUAAUGAAUUAACAGCUUUUAAUCUAUUAAAAAGCCAUAGGGGAAAAUGGGAACAAAACCAACAAAUGCUCCUGAGACUUAUUUCUAUCAUCUGUUUUUACUUACUGUCAGGUCAUCGUGAGGCUGCCUGAAGGGAACUUGAGUAGUGUAACUGCAUGUAGAAGACUGUGAUAUUUCCACACCAGAAUGGUUAAUUGCUCUCUUACAGUAUUAUAUCUUUAUUUAAAUUGUUGGUUUUGGGGACUGGAUUGGACUACAACUGUACUAUAACUGGACUACAGUUUUUCACAUACUUAUGGGAAACACUGAAAGUCCAGGGCCAAGAAGUUCUUAGACCUUGCCUUGCUUUUACUCCCUAGAACAUCACUGACUGCAUCCCUGUCGAUGUCCAUGGUAUGUGCUUACAUACUUCAGCUAGACCUAGCUGAGUAGCUCCUUCAGUUGCAGUGUCUAACAGAAAUGUUAGAGCAGUCAUGGAGUUACUUACUUAACAAUUUCAGCAUUGCAUAGGUCGUUUGAGUCCCCCAGUCAGUCUGUGCAUCUCAUUCUGAGUUUCUACAUUGAGGUAUCGAUAUCACCACUUUCAGUAAGACUCAUGCUAAAGAAACAGUGCAGAAUUUCUGGACUUGCCAUGGUAAUGUAAUUAAACACCAUGUCAGUGAACAACUGAGCUCCUGGAAUGCUAAGAGCCAGUGGGCCUGACAGCACAUCCUGUUCCUGUUGCUGCUGAGGGUUUCAGGUGGUGUCUGGAGUAGAGGGACUGUAAGAAUGGUGCAUGUCAUUUCUCAGCAUCCCCCUGCAAGCCAUCCAGCAAUGGGACUACCUUAGAUGUUACCUUGCCAUUCCUGUUUCACUUCACAUGGCACCUACCACCACAGAGAAGGAUAUGGGAAAAAUCGUGACCAUUGAAGCAAAUCUUGCACCAGUUGACAUUUUCAACACCUCACUAGUUCUGUGUGUGUGUGUUGUGUGUGUGUGUUCUUGUGUGUGUUCUUGAAGCUCUGUCACUGACCUAUAACACCCACAGUACUAUUUCUUGUGCUGGUCAAGAGGAAUCGAGUCUCUCCCUGGUGCUUCCACAGUUGGUGCACUGUCUCUGUUCCACUCUGCCAAACUUCAACUGUACGUAGGCUGAAACUUCAUCUUGGGCUUAAGGUUUUAGUCUCUUUGGGGAACUUCAGUCAAAACUGCAUGUUCUUUUGAGCCUGGGGUUAUGAUGUGGUGGGGUUUUGCACAUGUUCAAACACUCUUGAAGAUGUUUCUUGGAAAUCAUUUGUCACUUCAGUGCUUUGGGACAGGAACUCCCAUUUGGGUAGUGGAAAUGACCUCUGUGUAGAGGAUGCCCCCCGUGUUUUGUUUCUACAUCUGCCUUCUGUUCUGAUUUGGCCAAAUUCAUCAAUGUUUGUAAAAAAUGGAUAGCCUACACUCAGUAAAAGUGGUUUUGGUAUGUGUGUGUAUCUUUAUUUUACCCCAAAUAAAAUGUGCAUUGGUUUUAUCUUCA